AUGUUCCAUCCUGUUUGUGAUAACGGCACUUUUCUUUCCUGCUUCUGCAGGGUUUUUCAGAAGUCAAAUGCAACCUGCAUCGUUGCUCAGCCUACUUCAGUGUCCGUGUAUCUCGUCUCUUCAAUUCGCUGUAAGUGCGUUUUCGUGUUUAACAAGAUUGUGGUCAAUUGCUCUGGCAGCGAUUUAUUCGCAUUUAUUGUAAGAAGCUCUUUUGUACGUGCUUGCUCCAAUAUUAGGUUGAUAGAAAUAAUGGUGGAUGUUCGCAAGGUGAUAAUAAUAUGUAAAUCCCAUGUAUCGUUUAUGUGCAAGAGGCAUAAAUUCAUUUUGCGAUAUCUGGUAAGCUCAACUCUUUGUACCAGAAGAUAAAGUACUGUUCAUGAUCAAGCUCUAAAAAUUUUAUGUGCAUCGUUUAGCGCUUGAUCCUGUGGUUUAAAAUCUAUCAACCGUAUCAGUGUCUGUUGUUUUUGUCAUGGGAACAAAUUUUGGUCUGUCAACACAUCCGUAAAACAAUGAAGUACACGUAGUAAAUAAACGUGCUUUUGGUAGCAAAGGGUCGUUUUUGGCCGUAUUAACGCAAAUGUUGGGUGCAACGUAUUUGUGCGCUACGAACGUGUUGUCAUUUCGAAACUACGAUGAUG